AUGCACUUGUUCCCGGCCGUUGAGAAUGACCGAGAUUUGGAAUAUGAAAGAAGCCCUGAAUGGCUGCAGGAAGGUGUCCCUGGAGAAGCCCUGGGACAGCCCUGGGGCCGGGAGCGCCACCAUGAGGGCAGCAAGCGGGGCCUGGCACGGCCGUCGGGGAGGGAGGGCACAGGGCGGGCGCCCAGGCCCCGGCAGCAGGAGCAGGGAGCUCUGGAGUGCGGCCGGCACGGAGCCGUGGGCUCCCGCAGCUCUGCAUCCCUCACGGCUGAGGCAGCUGCCCAGGCACAGCCGGCUGGGGACACGCGGCCACCCCGGGGCCACCCGCAGGGGGACCCUGCUCUGGGGCCAGGGACAGCCCUGAUGGGAGAGCCUUGGGCAGGAUACGCUGCUGCUGCUGCUGCUGCUGCUGCUGGGGAAGAGGGACAGGCGUUGCUGCCUGCCAGCUGUGUGGUGCCCUGUGCUUCAUGUCCUCAAACCCCUAGCAUUCCUGUCCCUGCUGCCCCCACUGCUAGCUGCCUCCCUCACAGCCCCAUUCAAGGCCUUCUGUCCAUCCUCCCGCAGACCAUGAAUUCCCUGGUAUUGCUCUUCGUGCUCUUGAAAACCCUCAUCCAGUACCCACAGCUCGUGGGUGAUGUUCAGGAUGAGGAAACACGUCUGCGCGUGGAAGUGCAUGCAAAGUACAUGGAAUGGGAGAAGAUUUGGCUGGAGUGGCAGGUGGAGCAGCUGGCCCUGAAGCAGAGUGGAGUGGAGCAGUCCUUGCAGCUCCUGGCUGUUGCUGUGCUCCUGAUCCUGGUCUUGGUCCUAUGGCUGAUGUGGUGCAAAAGGAAUGAAGAAGAAAAUGUGAAUGCAAACGAAGGAGACGAUGCUGGAAAUCAAGUAGAUAAACGUCUUCAAAGGAAAGUAGGAAGGAUGCUAGCGGAGCGCAUACAGUGGCCUGUACAGGACCUGCUGAAAGGCUGCGAGUGGACAACUGACCUGAUGGGCAAAUAUGCCAUCUAUUUUAGACAUGUCCUGGCAAACAGUUUCUACCCCGUCCUGCAACGAGCCGUCGGGGUGGGCAGCGCCUUUGAAGGUUGGAGUCCCCGUGAGCAGGAUGUUGUGUACCAGGUGCUCAUACCCAUGACUCCUCCCCGAGGCCACAGCUUCCACCUGGAGCUGGACUCUGCAGAGCACAGGCAGGUGAGGAACUUCCGUGUCCGCGUGCAGCUGGAGUGCACCUGCACCAAGGAGCAGCAGGGGGAGAACGUGCUGUGCUUCCUGCACCAGCCCGAGGAGGAGCUGAGGAGGAGUCAGGAUCCCAGCCUCCUAGACACCCAGUGCACCGACUCCUACCUCGAUGUGCACAAAACUGCCCGCUGGUUCCACCAGCUGGUGAGAGCAAUCUGGCCAGCUUUGCCUCAGUCACACAACUGGUAUUUAACGCUGCUGCCCUCCAGACGCUGCUGCCAAUUCAGGGUGACCAAUGGCCGAGAAAGCUUCAGGAUUGAGAUGCAGUUUGGGGUGCGGAGAGGCGACUCCGACAUCUUUGUGAGCAGCCUGCCUGCAUAUGCCGGAACCCCAAGCACUCUGUGGCCUGAGACCUGUGCUGUGGCAGAGAUGAAGUUCUUCCAGCACAUCGCCAGGCAGGCACCCCCUGACAGUUUGCACCUGAGAUGCCUGCAGCUCUUCACCUGUCUUCUGCUGGGCCUAGGCUUUUCCACCUACACCAUGAAAACCGUCGUCAUGCACCUCCUGAUCACCAUUCCUGUGUCAAAGUGGUGCAGGAGACAUUUCCUGAGGCGACUGAUGGAUAUCAGCGACACUCUGCGCUUAUCCCUGGAAGUGAAGCGCCUCGACCACUUUAUUGUGGGCAACCGGAGGCUUCCUGAGGAGAUCCGUUUGCCCCAGGAUGUUCAAACGGCUGAGCCACCCAACCUCUUCCACCACCUGGCCAUGGAUCCUGUGGCCCACUCCCAGGGGAUGGGCGACUACCGGCAUCUGCAACGACAGCUCAUGGCAGUCCUCAAACCUGAUGAUUGA